CCUCACCCCCCCCCCCUCUCUACAGAGGCACCAUGCUCUGAGAAGGUGUGGAGGUGGUGGUGGAGGUUGUGUGAUCACAUAUAAAAAUUUGGGUUUCCCGGCCCCUUGUUGAUAAAUAUGAAUCUCACUUUGUGUUCAUCAUGUUCCGAGAUCAAAUAUCCCUGUGUUGAGGGUCUGCGGCGUUCAAAUGUAAAUCUACUAGCCUCCAGACCUUCUAUAAGGGUUGGUUAUUCCACUAGAAAAGACAGCAUUCAAGAGUCUGAUCGUGAUCCUGGGCAAAUGGUCAUUUCAAACCAUUUAAUGCCUGGGAAAUUAGAAGGGCCAUGCAUGGGAAAGAAACAGCUGGAGAGGCCUAGUCAGAAGCUAGAAUUUGUGAGGACAUUGUUGAUUGACAACUAUGAUAGCUACACAUACAAUAUUUACCAAGAGUUGUCUAUUGUGAAUGGGUUGCCUCCUGUGGUGGUGCGAAAUGAUGAAUGGACUUGGAAAGAUGUUUGCCACUACUUGUAUGAAGAAAAUGCAUUUGAUAAUAUUGUUAUAUCACCAGGACCAGGUUCUCCAACAUGCCCAGCAGAUAUAGGAAUAUGUCUUCGUUUGCUGCUCGAGUGCUGGGAUAUCCCUAUUUUGGGUGUUUGCCUUGGACACCAGGCGUUAGGUUAUGUGCAUGGUGCUCAAGUUGUCCAUGCAUCUGAACCAGUCCAUGGACGUCUAAGUGAAAUUCAGCAUAAUGGCUGCAAACUGUUUCAUGACAUUCCUUCUGGCAGAAAUUCAGGAUUCAAGGUGGUUCGAUAUCAUUCACUUGUAAUUGAUGCUGAAUCUCUCCCAAAGGAACUCAUUCCUAUAGCUUGGACCUCUUCCAGUGAUGCACUUUCUUUUCUUGAGACCCAGCAGUCUAACAUUACCUCAGAUGCUUAUGAAAGAUCCACUGAAUCUUUUUCUGAAGUUAAAAAUGGAAGUUGUUGGCCUUCUGUCCAGUCUGAUAAAAGCAGAAGAGUUCUCAUGGGCGUCAUGCAUUCUUGCUGGCCGCAUUAUGGUUUGCAGUUUCAUCCAGAAAGUGUUGCUACAUAUCAUGGGAGGCAAAUAUUCAAGAACUUUAGGAAGAUUACAGAGGAUUAUUGGUUGAGAUCGAGGCCAUACACUGCACGCAUGCAGGUGCCCGGUGCUAGUCGACUGUUGAAAGAAGUUUCCAGAAAUAGGCAUUUAGGGAGUAAUGCAGAUGAGCAAUUAUAUAGAGAAACUUCUAAAAGUAGCCAAUUAGUGCACAAUGCAGAGAAGAGGAGUCAUUUUGGCAUGUCCAGUAUGGUAAAUCUUUCGCAUCCAAGCACAGGUGUUAAGUUUCUAAAAUUGAAAUGGAGGAAAUUUGAUCAUUUGGCCAAUCAUGUUGGUGGGGCAAGAAAUAUAUUUUGUGAAUUGUUUGGACACAAUAAAGCUGAGAACACCUUUUGGUUGGACAGUUCUUCAAGGGAAAAGAAAAGAGCUCGCUUUUCAUUCAUGGGGGGAAAAGGUGGAUCUCUUUGGAAGCAGUUGACAUACAGAUUGUCUGAUCAAAGUGAUAUGACUUUUAAAGGUGGAGGUUAUUUAUUGAUUGAAGAUGCUCAUGGCUGUACCAGAAACACAUUCUUGGAAGAAGGUUUUCUUGAUUUUUUGAAUCAGGAGCUUCUGUCAUUCAAGUACAAGGAGGAAGACUAUGAAGGGCUGCCUUUUGACUUUCAUUGCGGAUAUAUUGGUUAUAUAGGGUAUAACCUUAAAGUUGAAUGUGGUGCGGUAUCUAACUGCCACAAAUCCAGGACUCCAGAUGCUUGCUUUUUCUUUGCUGAUAAUAUUGUUGUCAUUGAUCAUCAUAACGAUGAUGUGUACAUAAUGUCUCUACAAGAAGAACGAAUUUCUUCUACUUCGUGGUUGGAUGAUACAGAAGAGAAGCUUUUAAGCUUAAAAGCUUCUGCUGCAAGGUUAGAUGAGCAGACUUUCGAGGCCGCAACUUUUUCCCCAUUUAAGGCAGGCUUUCAGGCUGAGAAAUCCAGAGAGCAAUAUAUGGAGAAUGUUGAAAAGUGUCUUAACUACAUCAAAGAUGGAGAAAGCUACGAGUUAUGUCUCACAUCUCAGAUUAAAAAAAGUAUUGGGGAAAUAGAUUCUCUGGGACUUUACCUUCACCUUAGACAAAAAAACCCGGCUCCAUAUGCUGCAUGGCUUAAUUUUUCAAAGGAAAAUCUAUGCAUCUGCUGUUCUUCCCCUGAGAGGUUCCUGCAACUGGACAGAAAUGGUGCAUUGGAAGCCAAGCCGAUUAAGGGUACUGUAGCUCGUGGCGCAACAGUGGAUGAAGAUGAACAACGCAAGCUGCAACUGCAAUAUAGUGAAAAGGAUCAGGCAGAGAAUUUAAUGAUUGUUGACCUUCUAAGGAAUGACCUCGGUCGUGUCUGCGAGCCAGGCUCUGUUCAUGUGCCCCAUCUUAUGGAUGUGGAAUCAUACGCAACUGUUCAUACCAUGGUGAGUACAAUUCGAGGGAAAAAGAGGUCAGAUGUAAGUGCAGUUGAUUGUGUCAGAGCUGCAUUUCCUGGUGGUUCAAUGACAGGUGCACCAAAGUUAAGAUCAAUGGAACUACUUGACUCUCUUGAAACUUGUUCGCGAGGCAUCUACUCGGGCUCCAUUGGAUUUUUCUCAUAUAACAAGACUUUUGAUCUGAAUAUCGUUAUAAGAACAGUAGUUGUCCAUGAAGGUGAAGCUUCAAUAGGGGCUGGAGGGGCCAUUGUUGCUCUAUCGAACCCAGAAGAUGAGUACGAAGAAAUGAUUUUGAAAACACGUGCCCCAGCAAAGGCUGUUAUGGAAUUUCUUUAGGGGUAUGCAUUGUACCUUAUCCACUUCCAAAUUUGAUAGUCUUAUAGAACUAAAGAAAAGUUUUACAUGCCUGCAAAACUGCAGCAAUAUGUAGUGUAGCUUUGAUUUAUUAAUGGAGGAUACAUGAUUUGUUUUGUCAAAACAAUAAAAGAAAUUUUUUUUGGAUGA